UAACGCUUUGCAGAGUCUAUGGGCUUCAACUUUGGUGCUCAAAUCAAAUCCGACAAGAAGUGUUGCCCAACCGACCUUAUUUGGGGAUACGCCAUGUAAUGCAAAUUGUGACACGUGGUUUCUCUGGAUUGGCAUUUUUUCAGUGAGACAUCCUUUACGAUGAACGUGUAACAAAACCAUAGCUUGUCAUUAAAAGAAUCUGCUUUGGACGAGGACGCUUGUCCCCUUUACAUAAGCUGCGCCUGCUUGCCCCAUACCAUGUAGGAUCUGUGUAAAGGAACAGAGAGAGAGAUAGAUAUUUGUAAACCCCAAAGAUCAGAAAGAAAAAGAUAGAGAGAGAGAGAUGGAGGAUGUUAUACCAGAAUCUGAAGGCUUGUUGCUUCCAUUGAAUCUGAGCCCAAGAGGAGGUGGUGGAGCCAAAGCUGAAGGCGGCCAUCAGGAAGCUAAUGGAGGCGAACGCAGGGAAAGUGGAAGUGAAGUCAGAGAAGUUGAAAAAGAGAAGGCAAGCAUGAACGCAGGAGAUGAAGGUAAAGAUGAAGAGAAAGGAGGUGGGCUUAUAACCCAUCUCAUCUCCAUAGUGUCACCAAGGAGCACUCCAAAAGCAGGGGAAAUGGCCAAAAGAAAAGUUGAGUUUGAGGUUGAAGAUGAUAUAGGAAAUGGGGGCUUUUCUGAUAAGUCAAAGCCAGAGCAAGAUGUGGGCUCUGGUAGUGAAAAUAAUAGUGGAGGGGUUAUCUCAAAUCUCAUCUCCAACUUUUUUAAUCAGGGUGAUGGUGGUGGAGGAGGAGGAGGAGAGAAUGAUGAGGUGGACAAAGAAGCAGAGAAAGUGAUAAAGGAUGUUGGAAAUAAGAGAAUGAAAAUGGUGGAGGAGGAGAAAGGAGAGGUGGAGGGUGGUGGAGGAGGAGGAGGCAUCUUUGAUAACUUUGUCUCUCACUUGCCUACAUCUCUUCCAGAUGAUGCAGCUCCCUCGACUGACGAAGCCUCCAUUCUCAUUACCUCAAUAGUUCGAGACUAAGCAGAUGAUAGAAUGUGCCUGCCAACUCUGCAAGUGGCUAGCUUCUUUUUUUUUCUUGUUCUUCCUUGUAUGUUUUCACGUAACUUGUUGUUUUUUGUUUUCAAUUUGUAAUGUUGUUGUGAUUUGGUAUCAAAAGCUCCAUUGGUAGUAUAAGUAUGACUUAUGGAAAAAUCUCUAUCACCGUCUUCAUUUUUACUCUGGCACAUAGGGUGGGCAAAGCCCAAGUAGCCCCAAAAGCAUCAUCAUGAAGUAAGCCCAAAAGUGGAGAUCCAAGCUACACUCGACUCAAAUGGCCCCAAUUCAAACUCUGCAUUUUUUGGGUUAUUGACCCACAA